UAUACAGUCAUAAGUUAAGCACACACAGAAUCCAGAUGCCUUUAUAAUGGUGAAAUAUUACUUUCUACUCUUUAUUCUAAGCUGGUUACACUACUGCCAAGGAACUUCAGUAAGUGUAAUAACGGAUGAUGGAAAAGACACACUUUCUGGUUCAUACUGUCCAACAACUGUUAAGCUUAUCUGCAAUGUUACGAAUUUUCCUCAUUUGCGAUGGACGUACAAUACCAGCAAAAACAUAAUUGUUAUUUUUAACUCGGAUAGUGUAGUACGCUACCCAAUUGCAGCAUUUCCAUUUUACCAGUUAACACAGUUUAAUGUAUACAAAAAUCAUAUGAAUCGGACUCUGAUUAAUGCUUCAACGAUUCUCACUGUUGAUCUGUCAGAUCUGAACAAACAGAAUAUUGAAAUUAUUUCUUGUGGUUUUUCUGCUCUGGACAAGACAGUGCCAGUGAAUAUCAGCAUUUUGCAACCAUCCUUUCCUUCUGUCAGCCCCCAAGUUUAUACAGCUGUCAUUGUAUGCUAUGAGUCUGGACUUGUAUCUAGUGUAGAUAUAUCAUGGAGGAAAUUUCAGCAACCGGAUUGUCCUGAAUAUGAAAAUUCCCAAGAAUACCUCAUCAAUGUCACUGGAUGUGGGUGGAUGUGGCUCAACCACAGUACCUGUCAAGAUAAUAUUUGCUCGUCCGUUUUCAGUAAUUGUACGGAGAACCUGAGUGAAAUUACCCUACAAGCCAACGUUGCUGACAUUGAGAGUGAACAAGUAGUCUAUCCCACAUCUGUAGAUUACUAUAAUCAAUAUUUCCGACCUGCUGUUAAUCAGUCGUCGAGGUGCCAAAUUCAUGUUCAGUGCUUACCUAUUCAUAGAUAUUUUAGAGGGAAUCAAAAGUGUACCAUUCGAUACACUACAGAUCCAGAGUAUGGAAAUCUAUCAAAUCCUAUCAUAAAUCCUGUUGGCACAAUACCUGUCUUACUUUCACGUAUCACACCUGGUGCUAUGUACUACUUUGAGUUCUCAGUGUUGGUGAAUGAUACCUUACUGAUCACAGAGAGAAUUGAGUACAUUACAGAAUCAGGAGAAUUGUUUCAGUUGGGUGCAAGAGAAGGCGUCAUAAUUGCCAUUGCAUCAGUUUUCUUAGGAUGCUUUACUGUGCACACUAUAAUCAUAUUGUGCUUAAAUAAGGGUCAUCCUACAGUUUCCAGGUUCAUUUCUAACAAACACAUUCAAUUCUUGAUGACACUGAUCCUCUUCAUGUUCUUUAUUGCGUGUGGAACUCUGUUGACAACCUUUGCGAUUAAUUCAAAUGAUGUGUGUUUAUUGAAUGAAGAAGUUCCCAACAAAUUGCUUGAUGCAAUGUUAGUACUUUCAUGUGUUGGGAUAGGAAUUCUUCUCCUCUAUUGGGUCUUUAGACGAUAUAAAAUAUAUAGACAGCAUACUAAAGGAACCAAAAACAAGCUUGAAAACACGACGUCUCAUUGCGACUAUGCUCUUCAUCCGAACACCUCUUCACAAAGAGCUCAAUAUAACGCUCAAGAGUCACCUGAGAAGACACCUGAUUCUCAAGAGUGCCAACAAUUGCAUCCCGAAGGCGUUAAUGAAAUGGUUCCAAUGCCUAAGAAGCCUUCGAAUGGCAGCCAGCUAAUGACGACACCUAGUAGGAAAUGUCCACCCUCUACACUUCCCAAACAAAGAAAGUUAGGUCAGCAUUCCAACACUGUUUUGUACGAUGAGGUUGGUUUAGCGAAAAUCAAAGGCAAUGUCUCGGAUAUGACAGAAGUUGAGUUGAAAGCUAACGAGUCUUACGGGCACAUAGACAAAAGGUUUUCAACUGCCAAGAACAACGUGACUGCUUGUCCAUUAUGUUCAACACCAGCCAGCAAAAUCCAGCAAGAUUUGUCAUUAAGUCAUCAGUACAGUGAGAUUAAAGCGAAACCGAAGGGUGAGCAUCCUGAGCUGAAUGCUAUUGAGCAGGAGCAGAUAGAGUUGAAGUGUAAUCAGUCGUAUUGUCAGCUAACAAGUGCUGUGGGUCAGAUAGGAGGAUGUGAACCACUGCACGAGUACGACUAUAUAUACGUGGACUCCUAAUAACGAGGGAUAAGAACCACUGCACAAGCAUAUCAUAAAUGGCUAUAUAUACAUAAUUAUAAACGAACGGCACCUAUAUAUAGUAACUAUAUAGUUCAUCACACACAAUUUCAUAAAGGAUUGCAAUUAAUGUAUAGCAAACUGAGUAUAAUUCUGUCAUCGUAACAUCUGAGUGUAUUGCAUGUGUGUUAUCAUAAUUAUAUUUGU